GAGAGUUGUUAAGUUUGCAAAUCCCCUGCAUCAGUAACACUGACUCCAUUCUGUAUUUCAAAGUUGCUGGAAGAAAUAAAACCUGCCAUUUCCGCUUCAUUUGAAACAGUAGUUUAAGGUAAUUUCUCAACGUUGGUGCAUCAGUGCUCACUGGGUAUAAUCUGAAGAUGAGCUCUACUACAGAACUUAUUUCACAGUGCCUAAAUGAUCUUGGGAAGGAAAACUUCAAGCUGUUUAAAAAGAAGUUGCAUUCAAUUAAUCAUAAGCGCUAUAACAAAAUACCCUACAGUUCACUGGAGGAAGCUGACCGCUUAAAAACCACAAACCUUAUAGAAGCUGCCUAUGCUGAAGAUGCUGUUGUUGUUACCAUUGAAGCUCUAGAGAAAGCUGAUUUACAUGGAAAAGUCUCUAUAUUAAGAAAAGAACUCAAAAGAAAAUCUGCAACUGAGGAUGAAUCUGUGCAAGAAAGCAAGCAUAUGAAAUUGAGUCCUUCCAUUCCUGAUCCUUCAAAUGCAAGCCAAGUGGAUGGAACCAUUUUAACUGAGUACAGUCUGUCCCAGAUGGAGGAAUUUGCAAGAAAGAACAGUGUCUCUCUGAUCAAGAAGCUAGAGGAGAAGGUGGGAGUAGAUCGAGUAGUAGAAGAAAAACAAUUCCUGAAAUCCAGAACAUUAAAAGAAAAUUGGUUAUUGGACUGGAAAAUUGCCAAACGUGUUAGCACAAGGCUGGAUAUACCACAAGAUUUUCACUGGGAACUUGUAAAAGAAUUACUGUUUAAAAAGGUUAGUGAGUUCAAAACAAGAGAAGAAAAUGAACAAGAAACCAAGGACGAAGAAAAAGCUGUCACUGACAAGCAAGCGACCAACGAUCAAAGCUGCAAUUCAGAUGCAGAAUUUGGAGUGUACAAUUGGACAACAUACACACAAGAUGUUCAAAAUGAUGUUGAUUCUGGACAGGGCAACAAGCAGCAUGCGAAACAGGAAGAGCAACAAACAGAGAGUCCUGCAGGAAAUAAAAAUGCCGGAAGAUAUAAAGUUGAGGCACAAGAAAAUGAAAGAAAAGCAAAAAACUUAAUAAAGUGGCUGGAUCAUGAAGUGGAGAAGGCAUCUAAUACAACAAAUGCAAGGAAAGAAGAAAUAAAAACUAAAAUCAAAUCCAACAUUGAAUUUAUAGAUACGUGGGAACAUAAGACAUACAGAUGUUUGGUUGCUCACAAAUGCAUCCUUUAUACCAGUAUUAUCACUGGAGAGCAGAGACUGAUUGAGCUAGAAAAGUCAGCAUUUAAGUGCCUCACUACUAAAGGAGAACCACGUGUAGAAUCCAAGUUCAAGUGGCAGUACUACAUGUGGAUGUUUGGGGGUAUCAGAAAUAUAGAUGUAGUCUUCUGUGACAGAGAUAGUGAUGAGAUCAUACCAUAUAAGUAUAAUGAGAACUGGUUUAAAAAUUUUCAUACUGAAUUUCCCAAAUUUCUAGAUGAACAAAUCCUUCCAGUCAUUGCUCUGUACAAGGAGGCUCAGAAGGAGAACAAUUUCAGAUUCCUGGAAAGUGACAUGCAGUGAAGAGCCAAACCCCUUUGGGCCCACUUUUUCAUUCUGUACUUGGCAUUCCAGUUUCUUUCAGCCUAUAGCUGGGUUGUCUAGUGGGUGGGAUGUCCAUAGGGGGAUAUUUCAUUUUGAUGGGAGUAUAACAAUGCUAAGUCAUAACAAGGAAACACCUGUCCAAAAUGAAUAUCAAGAGCACAGAUUGGCCAUUUAGAACUCUGAAUGCAAGCUAAAGCUCAAGACCAGCUUGAUUAAGAUGAAUAGUCAAGUCCAUUAUCAUUAUAAUUGAGAUCUGUCCAGUAGACAAACAGAGGAGAGGAAUACCCAACGUUAGCCUGCAGAAAUCAUGGAGAAAAUCAACCUGGUGGGUGCAUGGUCAAUUAUAACAGACAAAAUCAAAAUGAUAAUCAGAAAAUAUUCAUCUCUGAAUUAAAAAAAAAGGUUACUUGGUGGACCUCUCCAAAUUAUGACUGUCUUGACACUGGUCAGUUUAACUAAGAGCAUAUGCUAACUGGCAUAUCCGCUAGGCCAGGGCUCCUCAGUUACAGUCCUGGAGAUCCACAGUGAGUGCAGGUUUCCACGUCAACCAGUUUCAUUAUUAGAAGUCAAGUGUGGCAGAUAUGGACCUAGUUAUUUAAUCACAUGGCUUGUUGGCACUUUCAUUCUUCCGAGACAAAUCGUUUAGCACAUUUUAAGAUGUUUCACUUUCUGAGAACAUCAUCCAUAUGUUUUUGAGGCCUGGAACAGAAUUGCUGCUCUUGGUCCUUCCCUGCUCUCGUAUUUAUUUCAAAACACAGAUACUUCAUGCUGCACAUACAGAGGUUUAAAUGGAAGCACCUGACCUUAAGAGCUGGUGGUUCUCCUUUGUCAUUUGCACCUCAUUAUUAACUGAUGGCUGGUUAAGAAAGCAGGCAAAAUUAAAACCUUAAUGCAGUUAUUUAUAACUAAAAUAGGUAAUAAAGGGCUCUGAAUUGUAAUAAGCAAGUUAAAUUAAACAUAAACCCAAACAACAGCUUGCUUUAGUAGUAAAUAAACAGGUUCUAAUUAAAAAGUUGUUUAAAGUGAAAGUUUAAAGGGCACUGUGGCCCUCCAGGAUGGGACCAAUGACUGACAUUCAUGAACACUUGAUCAAUCACAGAGGUGUCUUCAUCAGGAACACACUUUUUUGGAGGAAACCUUUGGUAAGAAGUGUUGGAAUCUGUUUGAAUGGGAAAAGAACUGGGCAAUGAUCUCCACAAGAUGCACCUGAUCUGGUAUUUGUUAGAAAGUUAGAAGAAAAAAAUGUCACACCAAAGAAGUUCAUUUAGGCAAGGCUUAACUUCUAGGUAGGGCAUUUUGAUUGUCAGAUUUGUGGAAAAUGGGCUACAGCCUUCCAGGAUGAUGUUUGCCCACCUCCUGUGAUGCCAUUAAAUAAUCAUUUAUUGAGUACAAUGUUUCAAUACAGAAUUGAUUACUGAGAGGUGCCCAGCCCAUCUCCAGAAGUUUGUCUCAUUCAGUGAAACAUGACAUAUUUCAUCUGUAGAUCGUACCUCCUCCGACUGUGAUGAAAAUCCCACGUGUAAUAAAUACAAUAGUUACACAAUUUCAGAAUUUCCAUGAAGUACCUGGUAUUCAGAACAAUAUGUUAGGACUUUUGUUAUAAGACAGUGCCAUUCUUAUUUAAUCAAGUUUAGGGUUGUAGGGACACAAUACUUGCGUGCGCCAGCCACGGCCAAUGAGUUUCAUCACUGAUUUAUCAAUAAAAUUACAUUGCAGUGAUUUUACAUUUUUUUCAAUAACUUUAACUUUAAAUUCUAUGGAGUGGCAUCUCUACAUUAAGGGCAGGUGAUGUUGUUAUUAUUAUUAUUAGUAGUAGUAGUAGUUGUAGUAUUUUUAUUAUUGUUAAUAGUAAUUGUUGUUUUAUUUUAUAUUAGUAGUAGUAGUGCUAUUUUUAUGGUUAUUAUUAUUAUUAGCACUAAUGAUAGUAGUAUUAAGAUUUUGGUGUUUUUCUCACAUGUCACAAGUGGUACUCUUGGCUAUAGCAAGUAUCAAAGAGUAACGGCACAUUGAUGCCCCGGCCUGUUGUUGUUAUUAUUAUUCCUUCAUUUAUAAAAUAAACAAAUGAAAAAGUUAUA